GAAAAGCAACGUCACGAUGAGCCAAUAGAAAGCCAGUUUGCAUCAUAACCGAACGCCAUUUUUUUUUUACUCGGACAGCCUUACAUAAUUUUGAGUUCGUAAAGUUGUAAAAUUUUUAUAUCCAUACAAAAAUAAUAAUAAUGCCGCGUGGUGGAAGGCGAUCUAGCGGUCGCUCAUCGCCUACGUUUGGUAGAGCGCCACCUCCUGCUCCUCGAGCUUCUCCGAGGCCUUCAUCGAGUGUUCCUGCCGCAAGACCUGCAUCAAACGUGGCUCAGCCCACACCGGCGACACCACAGCAGCCUGGACUGUUUGGACAAAUGGCUUCUACUGCGGCUGGUGUAGCGAUCGGUUCAACUGUGGUAAGUUGUUGAUCUGAUCAUGAACUUUUAUCUUUGGUGACAUUAUCAAAGAUAUUGUGCACGCGAUAUUGAUAAAAGUUACGAAUCUACACUUACUUUAAUUUAUCACUGAUAAAAGUAGAUCGUGGCAUUUUGUAAAAAGAAUUCGUUUUGAAAUAUUUAACACGAUCGUUGACAAUUUCAGACUUGUAUUCUUAAGAGUAGUGUGGUGAAAUUGCGAACAGGUUCUAUUGUGGAUGUAUAGGAAGCUUCAGGGACUCGGGUCCAAUCUUGUGCUUAUAUAAUAGUCCAAUCAAAAGGACUCCAUUUAUAUACAGUCAACUCUCUUUAAGACGGACACCUUUGGGACCAGUGCUGAUUGUCUUUCUUAGAUUGGGAAAUGUCCAUCUUAAAGAGAGUCAAAUAAAGGGAGUAAAGGAAGACAGGGACCAACUCUAGGUGUCCGUUUUACAGAUUUGUUCAUCUUAUAGAGGUGGCCCUUACCUGGGGGGUACUCCCUUAUCAAGUCUUAUCAAGUCUUAUGUGUCACUGAAUCGGAUAUGGCUUUCAGGUUUUUGAGUCUGAAACAGUGUAUACAAUUUUAGGAGGGGGAGCAAGGGGAUUCUCAACAUGUGUUCACGAACAAGAAUUACAUUUCACAAGUCACGAAACAAAUAAUACGUUUUCAUGCUUCUCAAAAAUAGAGGUCGUACACAAUGUCAAAAAUGUGAUGUUACUCCAAUUAUUUUUGUAAAACAGAGUGCUUCUAUUAUAUUUUAGCAAGUUCACUAGAGUUUUACGAACCUUAUGAAANCUUGAGAAAGUGCACAUUCACCCGGCCCUUAAUGAAACUCGCCCCCCCCCCCCCCCUUUUACUAUUUGAGGUCUUUAACAGGGUGUGGUAAAUUAAACUAAAUACUUUAUUAUCAACUUCCCGUGGAGACUUUUCAUGGAAAUGAAACAAAAUGAUAAUUCAAUUUGGAACAUAACAAAGUUAAAUUAUCCAGACUCAUAGGAGACAAACCCAGUAGCUAUUUUACAAGCAUAGCCAAAGAUUUGAACUCGGGACUACCAAGAACAAAUCCAGCUAGCAGUUAGGGCAGGCCUUGAACUCAGGGCCGCCGUAAAACAAGUCCAGUGCUCUAACUACUCGGCCAUGCUGCCUCUGAAACCAGCAGAAACCUUUAUAAGAGUGUGAAAGCUGUGGGUGAGACAAAAAAUUUAGCUCCAUAACAUUAGCUUGAAAAAUUACCAAUUCUGUAUGCAAAUUGAAACAAGGCAGGGUCAUAAAAUAAGGUGUCUUGUCUUGUCUUAAACAGCAUACCAAAAUGUGCAAUUUUUGUCUUAAACAGGGUCAGUUUUUCAGGGCUUCAGCUGCCAACCUAUACCCAAACCUUCUUAAUUGCUAUAUGUUACCACUGAAUGGCAUGAUAAGAAAGUCAGCAUGUACCUAUAUUGGGAGUUUUUAGAAGAGAUCUACCAGCUGUGCCCCUUGAAUGACCUAUGUUUCUUUGUAGGGUCAUGCUGUUAGUGGUGCUCUGUUUGGUGGACAUGGUGGGGGAUCAGAGCAACCAGCUUAUCAACAGAAUGCUGCAGCAGCACCAUACCAAAGCUAUAAUCAGCCAAUGAGUGGACAGCAACAGCAGGGUCCAUGUCAAUUUGAAAUGCAGCAGUUUAUUGAAUGUGCACAGAAUCAGAGGGAUAUUUCUCUUUGUCAGGGGUUCAAUGAGGCUCUCAGGCAAUGUAAAUUGGCAAAUGGUAAGAAACAUUUCAAUUAA